AUGUACCGGACUGGGCCCUCUCUCAGGGGCCUCUAUCGUCGCAGUGGUGGGCUGUGGAACCGGGUGUGGGAGCUGCGGCGGGAGCUGGCACAGAAGCGCUCCGCCGGGGCCCCCCCCCUGUUCCUUCUGAGUCUCGAAAGCCAGCUGCUGCUCGAGCUGGGCAACAGUGCGCGGCCGGAGGAGUGUGAGGAGGCCCUGUGGGGCGCGGAGGGGCUUUGGCGGUUGCUCGAGGACCGCCAAAACACCCCACUCCCGGCGCCCUCGCGGACGGCGAUGCGGGUGGCCCUCUGCACAACGAUGCGGCGCUGCGCACUGCGGAUGCGCAAACGCGAGGCGUCGGAGCUGUGGACGGAGCGAUUCGCCCAACGCGCGGCGCGGCUUCGCCCGGAGGAUUUUAUCCAAGAUGAGGAGGAAAUGCAGGGCUGGGAGAAGACGAUGGGGACAUCGACGCCAAGGGGAUCCACACCUUUCUCUAACUUUUCGCAGGGGCGUCCAGAUUCCGGAACCAGGUUUACCGAUGAGGAUCUCGAGAAGGGCUCGAAAGCGGAUGAUUCUGGGGCCUCGAAAAGCGAGGACGUGAAAGGGAAGAAUCAGUUUCAUCAGACGCGAAAGACUCUUUCUCCGAUGCAGAAACAUCGUCAGGAUAUUAUGAUGGACCAUCCUUUGGUUACUAUGGCGUUUAAAAGGCACCCAGAUCCAGGGCCACGCUACACGGACUGA